AUGCAGUUUAUAAUCUGUGGGAAGAUGAAGCUCAAGAUAGGAAUAGCCACUUGCUUACUAACAUUUUGCUUGGUGCAACUACUACUACUACUACUACAAUCCUCUAAUAUCUUCAACCUCCACAAGUCCGUUUUCACAGCCACCCGUCCAAAUGAUUAUGAAGAACCGAUGGAUAAAUUGUUAGGAGGGCUUCUUAGUACAGACCUUGAUGAAGAUUCUUGCUUGAGUAGGUAUCAGUCUUCCUUGUAUCGCAAGCCUUCAUCUUACAAGCCUUCUGAGUAUCUAAUCUCUAAGCUUAGACGCUAUGAGAUGCUUCACAAGCGUUUCGGUCUAGCCACAGAAGCUUACAAGAGAGCUACAGAAAAUCUUGUUCAUAAUCAUGUACUCUCUAUGGUUUCUGUGUUCCUCUAUGCUCUCUUGACAGAGAGAAUCAUUCUUGUUGACCAGUGGAGUGAUACAAGCGACCUCUUCUGCGAGCAUUUCCCUGGUACUUCCUGGUUACUACCUCUUGAUUCUCCAUUGAUGGAUCAGCCUGAUAGCUUCAACAGGGAACACUCACAUUGUUACGGAACAAUGUUGAAGAAUCAUGGCAUCAACUCCACUACAAUCUCAUCCCAACUCUAUCUUUAUCUUUUUCAUGAUUAUGGUGAUCAUGAUCAGACGUUUUUUUGUGAAGAUAACCAAAUGAUCAUAGGGAAAGUGCGUUGGCUGGUUGUUAAGUCAAAUCAAUACUUUGUUCCAUCUCUAUGGUUGAUCCCUAGCUUUCAGACCAAACUCAUCAAGCUGUUCCCACAGAAAGAUACUGUCUUCCACCACUUGAGUCGGUACCUUCUCCACCCUAGAAACCAAGUCUGGGGUAUCGUCACAAGGUCCUACAUUGCUUACUUAUCAAGAGCAGACGAGAGACUUGGAAUCCAAGUAAGACUUUUUGAAGAAGGAACAGGUCCUCUCAUCAAGCAUGUGAUGGAUCAGACUGUAGCAUGUACACAAAGAGAUAAACUGUUACCAGAAGUGGAUACUCUAAGUAGUAAGUAUAUACAAAAGUCGUAA